AUGAACAGCAAGGCUAUCUUGUUCGUGUCGAACAUAUCAUCGAUCGCAAACGCGCAAUACCUAGAGCGGUUAUUCUCUGCGUACGGAACUGUGCACCACGUGGAGCUGUUCGGCGAGGGCCCACACCGCUACGCAGAGGUGACAUAUGGCUCAGUCGAUGACGCCGACGCUGCAGUUGCGGCGCUGCACUGCCACUACCAGACAUGUCGAAACUUGCCGAUGAUUGUCCUCUACUCGAAGAAUAGUCCAGCCGUCUCCGCCUACGGCCAUCAAGUCGGGGAGGAGUUCAUGAAAGCAGCAGAGGAGAAGCGGCCGCCUCGCCCGCUCAUGUUAGACGAGUUUGAUAGCAAUUACCAACGCCUCGGGGUGCAGCCGCCGCCUUCUGAGAGCGAAAUCAUCCUCGAGCACCACAAUCCGGGUUACUAG